GUAGAGAGGUAAAGUUGUGGCGUUCUCACAGAGCUGAAAGAGGUGUGUUUCAGAAGCUCACUGUUUCACUGAUUUUGAGGCCAUUUUUAGAGACCGAAUCAGAGAAAAGAGUCGCUCACAAGUUUCACAGUUCGCCACACCAAUACCCAUUUUUUCUCUUCACAACAACCCCAUUACUCAACUUUCAAAUCUCUUCCACACAGAUUUCGAAACCCAGAACAAGAAGCUAUGAUUUUGCAGGGGUUGGUUUUUCAGAGCGGCAAUUCGAAAUAAUGCUGAGAAAACGAACAAGGUCGGUUCAGAACGAUCAAUAUAGAAUGAAUCAGCUGAAUGUUCCUUGUUCUAGUUCGAUUUUCAAAAGAUGUCACAUGUUUACUGGCUUAUCUCCUAAAGGUUUAGAUUAUGAUUCAGCUAAAAGUCCCACUUCUCCUCUUGAUUUUUGGGUAUUCCCUCUUAAAUCUCCUAGAUCAUUAUCCAAUGAGAGCCAUAGAAGGAACUGGGAUUGUAGUAAAGUAGGGCUUAGCAUUGUAGAUUCCUUAAACGACGAUGACAAUGAACUAUUUGGGAAAGUUCUUCGAUCAUCGGAUAGUAAGACCGUUCUUUUCAGACCUCGAAUUGUCGCUAAGAACAACUUGGAUCGUCCUUCAAGAGCUAUUCUUUUUCAAGGACCGAAAUCCUUGCCUAAAAACUAUGUAACUUUCCCUUUAUCAAAGACCAAAUCUCCCAUUGAUCAGGGAAACUCUAAUGUGAUUUUUGAAAUUGGAGAAACCCCGUUAGAAUCCGAGCGUUUCAGGAACUACUCUCGAUCUUUUGAUUCCUAUAGGUCGUUUGCUCCUCGUCCUGGUUUAACUGGUAACAGCCUUGGUAGUAGUUGUACUACUGAGAGCAUUGAUUCUCCAUGGUUAGCUGAAGAACCUAGAGAUUCAAAUAAACGUCCCCUUGCGAAACUGUGUUCGAGUUCUUUGGGCGUAUCUGUUGACAAUGGAUCUAAGAGGCCUCUCUCAGCAAGUGAGAUUGAGUUGUCUGAGGAUUAUACUUGUGUGAUCUCACACGGUCCGAACCCGAAAACUACUCAUAUUUACGGUGACUGCAUUUUAGAAAGUCGUAAUUGUUUGAGCUCUUCUUGUGAAAAUGAAAUGAAGGAGGGAUUGUUCCAUCCUCUUAAGAACAUGGAUAUGGCCACUUCAUAUACCUUAAGUGACUUCUUAAGCUUCUGCCAUUCCUGUCAUGAGAAACUGGAAGAGGGAAAAGACAUCUACAUUUACAGGGGGGAGAAAGCUUUCUGUAGCCUUACGUGCCGUUCUCAGGAGAUAUCGAUGGAUGAAGAGCUCGAGAAAUCCAUCGAAAAAACCUCGGUGAGUUCUCCUAAGUCCAAUGCUGACCGUGAUGAGGAUCUCUUCGGAACGAGCGUUGGUGGCUUUGCAUAAGCACUCGCCGCGUACGAUGCCCGUUGAAGUUAACGGACACCCUUUUGGUCAUCUGUUUGAAAAGAGCUGUUUUUAUGUCCAUUGGUGGCGGCCAUGGAUGAUCAUUUUUGUAAAAUCAUGGUGUCUACUGUCUUUGUUGCUUCGCCAUUUUUACAUAAACUUGACUGUGAAUGCCUUGUGAGCCUGUUUUUUGUGG